AUGGCGAAACUUGAAGCUAAGCUAGGAAUGAUCGUUGACAAAGUUGGUCAAUUCUUCUCCGGCACCGACCAUCUUCCCUCCUGCGAUUCCGACAUCAUCGCCGGAUGUGAAAGAGAGGUUGCUGAGGCCGAGAAACAACCCUCCUCUGAUAAGUCUAUGCAAGAAUCUCUCUUGCGUUUAUCAUGGGCUCUUGUCCACUCAAAACGUCCAGAAGAUGUGCAACGUGGGAUAGCAAUGCUUCAAUCAUCAUUACCUAGCACAGUAGAUCCGCUGCAGCAAAGGGAGAAUCUUUAUCUUCUGGCUGUUGGAUAUUAUAGAAGUGGUGACUAUUCAAAGAGUAGGGAUCUUGUUGAGAAAUGCCUCGAGAUUGCACCUGACUGGAGGCAGGCAUUGACACUUGACACGGCAAUUCAGGAACGGAUUACAAAAGAUGGUGUCAUUGGCUUGGGCAUUGCCGCAACUGUUGCUGCAACUGCUGUUGGACUGAUUGCGGGUGGGAUUGCAGCAGCAGCAUCUCGUAAAAGGUGA